UCCUUCAGCAUCUGCAACAAAGGAAAGGAUCGGCUGAGGAGCAGUUGUAUACAACUUCACCGGUCAGAACUCAGAAGUAGAUCAUAGAAGAUUAGAAGGAGGAAUCCGGCUUCGUUAAUCCGACCCUACCCACCGGUAUAGAUCUGGUGCGUUUGCUAUUUGGUCUUAUCACCCUAACGCCAGAUGUUCAUCAUGCGAUCUAUGAAUAUAUGAUCACAUCUUGAAGCAAACAACAAAAUUGACGACCUGAUUGUAGCUUAGCUUGCAUUUGCAAUAAAAAUGUCUUCAGCUCAAGAUCCAUUUUACAUUGUAAAAGACGAGAUUCAAGAUUCUAUUGAUAGCCUCCAGGGCAGCUUUCAUGAAUGGGAACGCGUCCCUGUUGGCAGCGGGGAACAAUCUCGGGUGACAAAGGAACUCCUUUCCAAUUGCGAGAGCAUCGAAUGGCAGGUGGAUGAGCUGGAAAAGGCUAUUUCUGUAGCUGCUAGAGACCCUUCUUUGUAUGGUAUAAACCAAGUGGAGCUUGAAAAGCGAAGGAAGUGGACCACUACUGCUCGGAUUCAGGUGGGAAAUAUUAAGAAAGCAGUGACAGUGGCCGGAAGCAGUUCAAACUUUGGUGGGAUGCGCCAAGAAUUAACGCGGAUGCCAAAGUCUCAUCAGCAGCAGGAUAAGGAUAGGUCAUAUGCUGCUGUAGAUAAUGAUGAUUUUAUUUCUUCAGAAUCAGACACACAGAUGCUUCUCAUCAGACAACAAGAUGAAGAGUUAGAUGAACUAAGUGCAAGUGUGGAAAGGAUCGGAUCUGUUGGGCUCACCAUACAUGACGAACUCCUUUCACAGGAGAAAAUUAUAGAGGAUUUGGGUUCAGAAAUGGAAAGUACAUCUAAUCGUCUUGAUUUUGUUCAGAAAAAAGUGGGCAUGGUUAUGAAGAAGGCCAGUGCCAAGGGACAGAUGAUGAUGAUCUUAUUCUUGAUUCUCCUCUUCAUUAUCUUAUUUGUUUUGGUUUUCUUCACCUAAACUCAUAUGCUGUUUCUUGAUUUCAAGAAUAAAAAAAAAAUUACUGUAUUAUCUUAGAGUGUAAGCAGCUAGGUGUUUUCAUUAGACUUUUGUUGCUUUAUAUGGUGUGAGUAAAUUGAGAAAAAGUUUUCCAAGAAUAUUAUUGUACCGCUUUUGAACAUAGUUUUAUUAAUACCUUGUACCAGUUUGUUUUUGUCUUUUUAAAGAAACAGAGUCCAAC